AUGUUCCUCUGGGAGCUAAGCUGCCUGUCGGUGCUGGGGGCUGUGGGCAGCGCUCUCCUCGGCGCCGGCCUGCUGCUCAGCCUGGCUCAGCACCUCUGGACCCUCCGCUGGACGUUGAGCCGGGACCGGGCCUCCGCCCUGCCCCUGCCCAAGGGCUCCAUGGGCUGGCCCUUUUUCGGCGAAACGCUGCACUGGUUGGUGCAGGGCUCGCGUUUCCACAGCUCCCGCCGGGAGCGCUACGGGACAGUGUUCAAGACGCACCUGCUCGGCAGGCCGGUGAUCCGCGUGAGCGGCGCCGAGAACGUGCGCACAAUCCUGCUGGGCGAGCACCGCCUUGUGCGCAGCCAGUGGCCGCAGAGUGCGCACAUCCUACUUGGCUCGCACACACUGCUUGGCGCGGUUGGCGAGCCGCAUCGGCAGCGGCGCAAGGUCCUAGCACGAGUGUUUAGCCGCGCGGCGCUGGAGCGCUACGUUCCCCACCUACAGGGGGCGCUGCGGCGCGAGGUGCGCUCCUGGUGCGCUAGCCGCGGGCCUGUCACUGUCUACGAGGCCGCCAAAGCCCUCACCUUUCGCAUGGCCGCGCGCAUCCUACUGGGGCUACGGCUGAACGACGCGCAGUGCGCGGAGCUGGCCCGGACCUUCGAGCAGUUCGUGGACAAUCUCUUCUCGCUGCCCCUGGAUGUACCCUUCAGCGGCCUGCGCAAGGGCAUCCGGGCACGGGACCAGCUGCAUCAGCUCCUGGAAGAGGCCAUUGCAGAGAAGCUUCAGGAAGACAAGGCUACAGAGCCACAUGAUGCCCUUGACCUGAUUAUUCAUAACACCAGGGAGCUGGGCCAUGAGCUUUCAGUUCAGGAGCUGAAGGAGUCAGCUGUGGAGCUUCUCUUCGCCGCCUUCUUCACCACGGCCAGUGCUAGCACGUCCCUCGUCCUCCUGCUGCUGCAGCACCCCGCGGCAGUCGCCAAGAUUCGGCACGAGCUGGCUGCGCAGGGGCUGGGGCGCGCGUGCGGCUGCGCGGCGGGGGCCGCGGCGGGCGGCGCGGGGCCCCCGGCCGACUGCGACUGCGAGCCGGACCUCAGCCUGGCGGCUCUGGGCCGUCUGCACUACGUCGACUGCGUGGUCAAGGAGGUGCUGCGCCUCCUGCCGCCGGUGUCCGGGGGCUAUCGCACAGCGCUGCGCACCUUUGAGCUCGACGGCUACCAGAUCCCUAAGGGCUGGAGCGUGAUGUAUAGCAUCCGGGACACGCACGAGACGGCCGCAGUGUACCGCAGCCCGCCUGAGGGCUUCGACCCCGAGCGCUUCCACGCGCCGGGCGAGGAUGCGCGGCGCGCCUCCGGCCGUUUCCAUUACAUCCCGUUCGGCGGAGGAGCGCGCAGCUGCCUCGGCCAGGAGCUGGCGCAGGCAGUGCUCCAGCUGCUCGCGGUGGAGCUAGUGCGCACGGCGCGCUGGGAACUGGCCACGCCUGUCUUCCCCGCCAUGCAGACCGUGCCCAUCGUGCACCCGGUGGACGGGCUUCGACUCUUUUUCCAUCCGCUUGCGCCUUCUGCAGUGCGAGAUGGGCUACGCCUCUGACCCUCUGCAGCGGGUCAGGACUUGGCCAGUGGCAACGACGCACUCGCAGCGCCGCCCCUCUGCGGUUUCCCAGUGCUGGUUCCGGCUCUUGCUCACUCACUCGUUCAACAGUCUGCCGAAUGCGGCUGCGUGCCGGACUCGGGGACAAGGAGCGCAAGUCACCCUGCCACCGUGCGGGAGAAGCGCCCAGACUUGUGGGAAGGUGCCUCCUGCGCUCCGCGUCCUGAGGAAGGGAAGGUCAUGGGCCAAGUCUCUCAAGGCCUUCCCAGGAUCUCAAAGCAGGGGUUGAGGGGACAGAUCUCCAGUAGGAAUUAUGGGGCCUCGCCUUCCCGCACCAAGCCCGGGAGAGUGCAUGGAUAGAGGCGCCGCGGGGAAGAUUGCCAUGGGAGGAUUCCCAAGGGAGGAUUGGACGGUGCCAGAGAUCCGGCAAACGCGUCUGGACCUGCAACCCUGUGAGGAAGCGGGGAUGCCGGGAGUGCGUCCCUGGCCUGGCUUUGGGCCUUGGGAAGACACCAAUAAGGUACCCAACGGAAGGCCCCGGGCAGCUGGCCUCUGCUUGUUGCACGUGGCCACUCUGCCAUCGCGGGGGAACUCAGAACUAUGAGCGCUUCCCAGAGCUCUAAACGCUCCACAUCACCGGAUUCUGCUGGCAACUUAUUAA